CACACCACCUGGCAAUGCGCACCCUAUUAUCGAUUAGUCUCUCCAGCUCGGCUCUUUCCUCUCAUUUCAUUGCCUUUUGGUCUCUCGUUUCCCCUUGGCGGCGCAGGAUCUAUGCGCAGCCUGUUGAGGGAUACACUAGUAGCUUCACGGAACUAGUCGUUUUGCCUGUUCCCUCGUCGACGCCUCUCCAUCGUCGUGUCUUUUACGAUUGCUGAUCGCCAGCACCAGAAUUAAUCUGCGGAGAGCCCCUGUUUUGCGAAGGAUGCGAUGCCGCUGGCCCGCUAGGGUAAAAAGCCUGGCACGAAAUUUUUUUCAGGGGCUUCAGCGGCUUCAGGGGCUUCAGGGGGACGGAGGGAGUCGACGAACGCAAGAAAGCCUCUGAUGGAUGUAGGGCGAGGUGCGACGGCGACAGCCAAGGCGAAUGCUGCUUUGGGCAAGGUGGGCACGGGGAGAGGAGACGAAGAGAACGCUCACCCUGUGACGCUGGAGAAGCAGCAGCAGCAGCAGAAGGGACUGGGGAGGCGAGGGGAUGUGCGUGGGGCAGCGCAGGUAAUGGGAGAGGCGCAGAAGGGGGAAGAGGCACAGGUAGGGGAAGAGGCGCAGGAAGGGGGGUUAGAGGCGCAGGCGGAAAAUGGCGGAAUGGUGGAGAAGGGGGCAAGCGAAAACGAGGAGAGAGAAGGGGGAGGAGGCGGAAUGCUUGUGGGUGGUGAGUUAGAGAAACAGGCCAACCGAAAUGCUCGUAAAGAGAAUUGCACGAGUGGUAAGAAGAGAGCCUUUACCCUUUCUAAUGGAGGACCUGCUUUAAAGGUGUACAAGAGGAGAGGCCGGGUUGUGGGCGGCGGUGCAGUGGCUGUGAAAAUAGAGGAAGAGGUGGCAGGUGGCGAGGUGGCAGGUGCUGAGGGUGAUGACGUGGCGACAAAUAGUGAGGCGGCAAGGGACGAGGCAGUACGUAAUGACGUGGCUGGUGCUACUAUAAUGGCAGGUGGCGAGGUGGCGGGCAUGGUGAGUGCGGUGGGCGUGGAAAGAGAGGAAGGAGAGGUUGACAGUGAUGAGGGGGAGGGCGAGGAGUUGGAAAUUGAUGACAUGGCUGGUGAUAAGGUGCCACGUGGGAAUCUGGCAGGUGUUGAGGUCGCACGUGAUGAGGUGGCGGCUGACGAGAUGGUAAGUGAUAAGGUGGCAGUUGCUGGGGUGGCGACUUGUGUCAGUCAGACAGACGGAGCAGGGAGGGAGAGACAGCUGUUAUGCUUGGAUGUGAUUGUUAGCGUGCAGCGAGCCGUGGAGGUCGGGGUGAAGGCGAGAUUGGAGGAGAGGCUCGGGGAGAUGGAGGAGAGAGUGAGAGAGGAGGAGAGGAAGAGAGUGAGGGAGGACGAGAAAAUGAAGAGGAGAGAACUGGAGAAAAGGUUGGCGGGGGCUACUAAAAGGGUCAGACGGCGAGAGAAAGAGCUGAGCGGAGCUGUGCGACUGAUGGCUGGAUUGGAGGAGAGACUUAGGGAGGCGGAAGAGAGGGUGAGAGAGGAGGAGGAAACGAAGAUGAGCGACGUGGAGAGGAAAGCGAGUGAAGGUAUUUUGGGUGCGGAGGGGCGGGAAGAGGAGUUGGAAGAAGCAUUGAAGGCAUGCGAUAUUGUGAAAACUGGGUUGAAGGAGAGGCUUAAGGAGAUAGAGGCGAGAGUGAAAGAGGCGGAGAGGGAAGGGAUUGAGGCUGCAGAGGGGUCACAAAAGCGGGAAGAGGUGCUGAAACGAGCAGUGGAGGAGGGAGCGAAGCUGGUGGGUGCAUUGAAAGCGAGAGUUGAGACCUUGGAGAGGAGGGUGCGAGAAGAAGAGGAGAACGCGAUGAUUGCGGUGGAGAGGGCCAAGAAGCGGGAAGCGGAAAUCGUAAGUGCGCUUGAGGAGGCAAAGUCGGUGACUGCUGGGCUGGAGGAGAGGCUUCAGUGGACAGAGGAGAGGGUGAGAGAGGAGGAGGCAAGCAGGAAAAUGGAGGAAGAGAAGAGAUUGAUUGAGGCUAUGGAUAGGAUGAAGAGGCAAGAAGAGGAGCUGAAAGGCGCCGUAGAGGAGAGAGAAAGGGUGAUUGCUGGGUUGAGGGAGACACUUCGAGAGAUGGAGGAGAGGGUGAGAGAGGAAAGGGCAAGGAAGAGAAGAGUGGAAGAAAUGGCUUCUGAGGCUUCACAGAAUGCAGAGAGGAGAGAAGAGGAAUCGACAAGGAAAGUGAAGGAGAGUGAGAGGGUGGUGGCCGAGUUGAGAGGGAGGCUGAGAGAGGCAGAGGCAAAGCGGAUUCGGCAGGAGGUAAAGACUGCCGAGGCUCUAGAUAAGGCAAAGAGGAGAGAAGAGGAACUGACAGGCGCAGUGAGGGAGACGGAGAGGGUGGUGGCUGAGUUGAGAGAGCAGCAUAGAGAGAUGGAGGACAGGGCGCGAAAGGAAAAGGCAAGGAAUGCUGGAGUAGUGGCAGACCUGACACGGGCGGUAGGGAAGGCGUGGGGGCGAGAAGAAGAGCUCAGAGGGAUGGUGAAGGAGGCUGAGAAGGCGGUGAGUGAGGUGGAGGGGUGCGUUGAGGAGAAGGUUGGGAAAGUACUGGAUGCAGCGAGGCUGGUUCGAGCCAAGUGGCAGAACAUGGCACAUUUGCCGGAUACGGAAUGGCUUGCACUCUCUCGCAUGGGUGAUGGCUCUGCCUCACAGAAUCUGAUGGAGCAUCUCGAGGUGCUCCCCUUGCAUCUAGAGGCCGUUCGGGAAAAGGCAAGAGAAGCGCGGAGAAGAGUACAGGGGCUUGGGGGGGCAAGUGCAUUGGCGGGUGAAGAGGCGCAAGUGGCGGAUGCGGGAGGGCGCGAGGAGGAGGAGGAAUACGAGGAGCAAGCGUCUAAUGUGCCGCACUCCGAGCCACGCUGCCCUGGCGUCGGUCCCACUGCUGCGGGCAGCAGUCAAGGAGCGACAUUAGAUGAAGAGAAUCAUGGCAAUGCUAGGGAGAAACUGUCAGAUGGAGGCGGAGGGGAGAGCAAGGUGGGGGGAGCAGGUGGAGGAGAGGGAGGAGGCUUCGGCGUGGCAGGUGGAGAGGUUGGGAACGAGGUGGUUGCAAGGGGAGAUCAAGGGGGGCGAGGGGCAGGGGAGCAGGGCGCAGGGGUGGGGCAGAGAGACGAGGUGCAGAGUGGUCACAGGUUUGGUGAGAGUAAGGAGAACUGGAGAAAUAUGAGUAAGGAAGAGAGGGAAAGGCGGAGCAUGGAGAAGAUGGGGAAGUUGAUCGACUCUCUGUUGCGUCAUAUCUCUCCAGCUGAGCAAGGCAGUGCGAGGAUAGAAAUUUACGAGGUUGUUGACUUCCUAUCCAGCCAAGACCCAACAGCAAGCCUUCUCACCCUCACCAGAUCCACUGGGGAGAAUCACACGCCACGUAAUCGAACUCUCCAUUGUUUUCUCACCCUCGCUCCCGCCUGCUGCCCCGGCCUCCUCUCCUCCCUCUCCUCCCUCACUCUCAACGGCCUCUCCCCCAUCCAGCUGCACGCCCUCCGUUCCCUCGCCAAGCUGCCCGCGCUCACCUCGCUCACCUUCCAGGAGACGCCCGUCACUCGAGCUGCCGUGCCGCUGCUCAAGUCGUUCACUCGCCUCCGCCGGUUGGUGCUGGACUGCCCCGAUGCCCACCUCUUCAAUCUGAAGGUCACCGAUGACAGCCCCGAGGGGGCAAAGCCUUUGGGAAGCCUGAUGGAGCUGCACAUGAGCGGGGUGGACGAUGAGAACCUGCAGGAGGUUGGUCUGCUGCAGAGCCUCGAGGCCUUCUCCUGCACGUGCAGGGAGGAAGUGACCCUCCAGGGGUGGCAGCACCUCAAGAGGCUGACCAAGCUGAGGUGGCUGCAGGUGGCGCCAGACUGGCAAUUCCCUGAGUGGGAUUCCUCUGAAGGUUCUGGGCAUAGCCCUGCCCUGGAGCUGGAAUUCUCAAAGGAUAGUUUGCCGAAAAUCAUCAGGUAUUAUGACGAUUCCCCGUCUGGCAGCAGCGGGUCGUCCAAUAGCCCUCGCUUGGACGAUGGUGUGUGGGAGGUGGUGGGAGAGCUGAGGGGUUUGGAGCACCUUGGUGUGCACGCAGCAGAGUGCAACAAGGUAGCUGCAAUCGCAUUGCGCAAGCUCAGGCUGCUCAAGACUCUUCACGUCACCACCACUUGUGUUGAUCGUUUUGACACUGGAUGUUUGACCACGUUGCAUCAUUUGACUGACUUGAGCCUGGCUGGGUGCAAGUUUGGCCACGCAUUUGUGCCAAGGCUGGUUGGAGUGGCGCCAAAGCUGGAGUCCCUGGACCUGUCAGGCACGGCCGUCACUCGAGAGGACUCUGUGCGGCUGCAGCAGCUUCGGCAUCUCGAGUGCUUGAAGCUGCAGCAGUGCCGCAACCUCAAGGUGGCGUUUCUGCGGCAACUCAGCCAGCUGCCAAGGUUGAAGACGUUGGAUCUGAGUUUCAACAGCAUUCAGCUGGGGUGGCUGCGACCCAUUGUGGAUAAGAGGCGGGUGACCCGGCUGCUGGUGAGGGAAUGUGACUUCCAGCUCUAAGACGCUGGAGGAGCUUCAGCGCCCUUGGGGUGUGGAGGAGCUUCAGCGCCCUUGGGGUGUGGAGGAGGCACACUGAGGUUGGACGGUUGAGAGGCAUGGUUGCUCUUGCAUGGUAUAGGCCCAAUGCAUCUGCUGCAUGACGUGUGUUGCAUGGCAUUGGCUGCAUGGCAUGUGUUGAUGGCAUAGGCUGCAUGGCAUGUGUUAGAUGGCAUAGGCUGCAUGGCAUGUGUUAGAUGGCAUAGGCUGCAUGGCAUGUGUGGCACAGGCUGCAUGGCAUGUGCUGGGUGGCAUGGGCCGAAUAUUUCUUAUAGCUGACAAAGUGGGAUUUGCAGUGAGCAAGCUGAAGGCGGAAAUGGUGCGAAUCCAGGGCGCGUUGGAGGUGAAGGAGAAAGCGAUGGACGGCACAUCUGAAGGCGCGGAUGAGGGACACCGAGCUGGCGCUCGCGGGCUUGGAAGGAUGGUGUGGAGAAAGUGCAGUGAGGCAAGCAUAGGGGAGGAGCAUGGCGCAGGGCAAAGAGUCGAGAAAUACGAGAGGAGGUGGGGAAGGAUUGGCUGAUGGUCAAUGCUGCUGCUGCUGUGGGUGGCUGUGUGCUUCUAGACGCGUCUGGUGUUUCGGAUGGAAAAAAAAAAUCGUAAGCAAGGGUGAAUGGCAGGAGGUGAACGAGGAUUUUGGGCCCUUAAGCAUUGAUGCAAAGUCAUACAAUGCUGAUUUUUCUCCAUUGUUGACCUUUGCUGCUGUGUAACGAUUAUAUGCUCUAUGGGGGA